UGUUGCUUUGACUUUUUUUGUGGGUUUCUUUCAAUCGCAUUUCUGUUGAACAUUAAACUGUGCGGAAAAGCAUUGUUGGUACGCGUAUUGUGGUUUACAAACACAGCUGCAUUUAGACCUGCGUGGACCAAAACAAUACAAGUUCAUCAAAGCAGAAGUUCGUCCCACUCACAGUUGYAUCAGGGAUUCAUCGUUUUCAACACACUCUAAGCAAACGUAUUCCCUUCGCCCAGCAAGCAAUGAACGUCCACAAAAAGUUCCAGCGGAGGUAUACCAUUGCCAACGAUGAUAUUUCCUUUGAUGUUGAGAACCCGAUGGACAGCAUUCUCACCAACGAGAACCUCAUACACAGUAUCAACGUCACUAACAGCAUUACGAGCAACACCAGCAGUAUCAGCAACAGUAGCAAUGCGAGCAAUGCCAGCGGCGAUUAUCUCCUCCGCAAGGGCAUYCUUUUAGAUGUUGCUUCCGAGCCCUUCCUCCCUCGCCAAUGGAGAAUCAAGGACGAAGACGUCACGGAGCUCCCGGAAAUCUACCCGCGGCUCUCCUCUCCCCUGAUUAUCAGGGACUCCGAGGUUUCCAAGAUUGGGGACAGCCUGUUUGAYUUUUUGAGGUUCAACUCCGUGCGUUCCGUUUACGACAGCCARCGGGCGCGAAUCUUUUGCUACACCAACCGUGYCUCUUUUGUGGUCCAGUUCUGGAGGCGAAGCGUCCCCGUCGRCGCUGCGAACAGCACGAGCAMCGAGGCCGGCGCCGAAGCRCAAUGCCCGCCCUCCACCAGGGAAGAGAUCGUUCUCGAGAUCCAGCGGCGGCAGGGAUGCAGCUACGCCAUGCACAARAUUCGAACGGCGCUGAAAAAGUCCAUUGCUCCUCGACCCUCCGUUUCUUUCGGCACGCCUCGGUGUAGCGUCGGUAGCAGCAGCAGCUGUUCCAGCAACCGAAGCCCCUCGAUGAUUUGCUACGAGCGACUCCUUUUGAAGCACCAGAACCGACCCUUCAAGCGCCCCAACGUCGAGGAGAUGGAGUCGAUCGCGGCGCGGAAGCGAGCGACCCGAUGGUCGGAGUUCCUCCACGGGAACCAYRCGGCCACGGCCCUUCGGCGAGCCAGCAUCGGCAGCACCGCCACCCCAGCCCCAAACCACGCCCCCCGCAUSCCUCCGCAACGGAAGAGCAACAGCAGCAUCGRCUCGCUGAUCGAUGGGAGCAUCWUUGUAGCGGCAGCGACGAGCGAUCCUUCCGUCCUAGACAACGACGAGGCCACAGARAGUUGCGUUCCGGCMAUGGUGGAAUGAAGCGGAGGCACGAKGAYCCGAAACCCCCACGCACCAGAAUAGAGUCCUCCCAAGGAAACACACACGMGGGUGUGCGCAUCAUAGACACACAUCAAAGGCACGCCCAAAGCAAAGCAAGAYAUAGAUGACGUCCCUCAAAAUACUGAAAUACAAUAGAAUGAGUUCUGGCGUUGCAUGAUCAAUGCAUCAUGUCGCACGGAAAGAUGAUUUCAUAUACCAAAGCAUGCCAGUGAGUCAUAACAAUUUUCAAUCCGAAGCAGUGCGAGACGUCAAGAAUUUUUGUACCACAUUUUUGGUUUCGAAUCACGGGUCAAAAUUUUUCCAUAAUUAACGUAUUUACAUACA